UUGCGAUCGUGGCAAGCGCUUUGAUCGAGCGCUGGAUAUGUACGUAAGGUUACCUGGCUCAAGCCGCAGAGUCGUUGAGCUACACCAUACGGCUGGGACCGCCACGUGCACUGGAGCACAUUUUCGAUUUGGGUUGAUCGUGCCCAGCCCAUGGAGGUGCAGCUUGAAGACCACGUGAUCCCCCCACCGCGGCACGCAAGCCGCAGCCUCUGCCUGGACGUCGGUGCGCUUCGAAGGAUCAUCGAAGAAGCUCAUGUGCAGCGCCAUGGCCGCCGCGCCUUCCUCAACUUGUACGAGGACCCCGUGAAUUUCGACCCCGUCGUUUCUCCGACCGAGCUCCUCCAGGAGCUGUACGACGCGCUGGUCCGGACGCCGGAAAUCGCCGAGGAGCACACGAGCUUCCUCAUCGACGCGUCGUCCGUGUCGCGUACGGUCGUGUCGCGCGACAUCGUGAGGUACGGGCACCACGUCGUGAAGUUCCACGCACCGGACCGGACGUUCAACGUCAAGACAGUGAUGGUGAGUGACUAUCAUCACCUGCUUGAGCUGGGCCAGAGCGCCACCUACGUCUCAAAGCAACAGCUCGUCCGCGGCCCCGACUGCCCGGAUACGAUUCACUUGGUCGGCGCCGAGCAACUUUACACCGUCUUGGGCUUUGCGCGGGCGGAGAACCUCGCUACCCCGCUCUUUACAUUGAUGCGAUUGCGCCUCGAGCGCAACCGAGUGCUCAAGGGCUUGGCAGGGUCGUCGCCGACGGCAAAUCUUCAUCGCCACCUUAUGGCGCCUCUCGUCUUGGCCGAGCGGCGCGCGAUUGAAGAGCUUGCAGUAAAGAAGGAACUCGCCGCAUCAUUGACGAAGGUCUUUGAUCGCCUUGAUCACCAUUUGGCGGUCCAACAAGCUGCGCUCGACAGUGCCGCUCGUCUCCGAGUAGAGUCCCUCGCCGACGUUAACGCCAGUCCCAACAACGAUGCCGGCAACGACGCCAACAACGACUCGGACAGCUCGGACAGCUCCGAUAGCUCGGAUGACAAUGACAAGGAAGACGACAACCCCGACAAUGACGACAAUGACAACGACGACGAAGCGUCUAACAAUAACUAGCGCUACUCAUGUCAUGGCGAGUACCCUUUAGGAUGUG